CAAGUUUAUUAAUUCGCAUGCAAAGUAAAUUCGUAUUGUGCAUAGAUCAUUCCAUUUCUUUGAAUUUAAUCUAACCCUACUAUAACACUGCUGCACAGACGCCAUCAGAAAUUAGCCGAAAAACACGCACGAACAAUGUUUAACGUGAAAUUGUACAAUAAAUCGAAUGUUCUACCGAAGACCAUUGCAAUGAAGUAUCUUGAAAAAUAUAAGAAUAUAAUUAAUUGGAAAAAGGACUCAAUGAUCAUAGACAUUGGUUGCGGCGAUGGAAGUUUGACAUCAAAAAUAUUCAAAGAAAUUAUUCCUGCUUGCAAGACCAUGACAGGCUGUGACAUAAGCGAAGAUAUGAUACGAUUCGCAAAUGAACACUAUGCUUCGGAACGUGUUAAUUUCACUACCCUUAACAUAGAGGGCAAACUGCCCGAUCAGCUAAGGGAACGUUUCCACCAUGCUAUUUCCGUUUUUGCUUUAAACUGGUGUCGUCGUCAAGAAACUGCGUUGCAGAACAUACACAAUAUCCUUAGGGACCAAGGAAGUUGUUUCGCAAUUCUCGCAACAAAAGUAUCUUUAUUCGACGCAUACAGGACCCUUGCUAAAACAGAAAAAUGGAAGUCAUGGGUUACUGACGUUGAACGAUAUAUAUCUCCAUACCAUGACAGUCAGGAUUCCCGUAAAGAAAUGGAACAAUUAUUAGGCAAAAUUCGAUUUACUAUAACAAAAUUAGAACACAAGAAAAUAUUUCACGAGUACGAAAAUCUAGAGAACUUAAAAGGUGCACUAAUGUCUGUGGUACCUUUCAAGAUCCCGGAUGAAUUACAUGACGAGUUUUUUGCUGACUUAAGCCUGGAAAUGCAGAUGUUUGAUACUAAAAAGUACAAUUACAAAAAAUCUACAAACGAUUUUGUCUUUAACGUACAAAUGCUCAUUUUAUAUGUCGAAAAGAAUAAUUUCUGAAUUCAUUGUUUUAGC